CCCGCGUGGCUGGAGGAGAGGAGAGGAGAGGAGAGUUUCGACUUUCGACAGACGGACAGAGGGACAGAGGAUUGGAAGAACAACAUUGGAUUUGGGCGGCCUGGCCACGCCACCCUCGCUCCGCAGAUCCUAUUCCAUCCCAUCACAGAUACAUCAAUCAAUAUUGCCACAUGUUCCUGCUGGAAUUCCGACGCCGUUUUCGGGUUGCCUUCGACGCCUCUGCCUCCGAUCUGAGCUCCUGAGAUUAUGUGCUUGAAGCAUGAUGCCUUGUUUUGGGUUAAUGAGGUGUGUAGAAGGGGAGUGUGGUCGGCUUGUUUGUCCGGAAAAUGAAUUUUGAAAAUCUUUAUACUCAGGUACAACAUUAAAGGUCAACCACAUUCAAUUUUGUGAACUGAGAAAUGGCAGAUGAAGCGUCAAGCUUUUGGGGCCCUGUCACAUCAUAUGAUUGGUGUGAGGCAAAUUACAUCAACUCUUCCUAUAUUGCCGAAUUUUUCAACACCGUCUCUAAUAUUCCAUGCGUACUUCUGGCAUUCAUUGGUCUGGUGAAUGCAGUGAGACAACGCUUCGAGAAAAGGUUUAGUGUCCUUCACAUAUCAAAUAUGAUACUUGCCAUUGGCAGCAUGGUGUAUCAUGCCAGUCUGCAGCGGAUGCAGCAGCAAGGCGACGAAACACCCAUGGUAUGGGAAAUGCUCCUGUAUAUCUACAUUCUCUACUCCCCCGACUGGCAUUAUCAGAGCACCAUGCCGACGUUUUUGUUCCUCUAUGGGGCUGUUUUUGCCGUUGCACAUUCACAGAUCCGCUUUGACAUUGGCUUUAAGGCGCACUAUGCGGUGCUUUGUCUCCUCUGCAUCCCGAGGAUGUACAAGUACUACAUCUACACAGAAGAGAGAUCGGCCAAGCGUGUCGCCAAGUUGUAUGCUGCGACUCUCUUGAUCGGGAGCCUGUGUUGGCUGGUGGAUCGGCUGCUGUGCGAUGUUGUCGUCUCGUGCUGGUACCUCAACCCGCAGGGCCAUGCUCUGUGGCACAUCCUCAUGGGCUUCAACUCGUACUUGGCCAACACAUUCCUCAUGUACUGCCGGGCUCAACAACGGGAGUGGAACCCACAGGUGAAGCACUUGUUGGGCUUCUUCCCUUACGUGAAGAUUCGGAAGCCAAAAGUGCAGUAGGAGGCAGGCAAAGCGUUAACAGCUCAAAUCGGGUUCGGUAUGAUUUUGGGCAUGGUAUGUAUGUUUAUGUUUUUUCCCAUUUGAAGAAUGAGUGAGUAUCCAUCCAUCCAGUGUAGUCAGUCAGUAAAUGGAUAGGAAUGGAUUAUGAUUUUGGGAGAGGGUCAUUUUUUGGUGGUUCAAUUUGGAGUGGAGAGUGAGUGUGUGAGAGCUAAGUAAGUGAGAAAGAUGGUCACAACACAAGAAAGGAAGACUAUUUUGACAUUUGACAAUUGACAUAGGCACAGAGAGAGAGAGAGAGAGGCAUAGUUGAUUGGUUGAAGUCUUCUUAAUCUUUCUAUUCACAUUCUAAUGCUGCUGCUGCUGCUGCUGCUGCUGUUAUUGAACAGUUGAGAGUUACGUGUUGAGUUUGAUAUGUUUUUCUUUUCAUUUUAUUUAUGUGCGCCAUAACAUUUUAAA